AUGAGCCCAGACUGCUUCUAUUCCGACAUUGAAAAGAAAAUUAUGGUAGAGAACUGUGAAGCAAUAAAAUCGAAGAACACGGAGUAUGUAGCCUGUCAGUGGAAGAUCAAAAAAGAGGCGCCCGAUUUGUCUAAGUACAAAUGUCUCAAUGGAUUUGAUUUUUAUAAUAAUGAAGUUCAAAAUCAAAUCGAGAAGUUUACAACAAAGAAGGAUUGUGUCAAAGAGAUAUUGGAGGACUACUGUGGGCCAGCUGCUGGAGAAAAUGUUGAUUAUAAUGCCGAGAUGACUGCAAAAGCCGAGCAGCUCACUCAAUUUGUUGGAAGAUGUGGUCCGAUAGAGCGCGAGUUGGUUGACUUGAGAAACUUAACAGAGGAUUAUUAUCCAAAAGCUGAAGUUGUCAACAAUAUGACCGACUUGUGUCAGAAAGUAACUAACUGCUACGGUUCAAUAAAAUGUGCAGCAUCCAUUGAUAAAAUGAACCAAAACAAGUUACUAUGUGACGAAGAUAGACUAAUGUUUGGAGAGGUUCCAGAAUGUAUCAAGUGGUUGUUCAAGGAAAUUUAUAUGGUUGAUUACUAUGAUUGUUUGAAGGAUUAUGACUUCUUGUCGUAUAACAUGGAGACCAAACGAAAAGCAUUCACAUCUGGGAAGUCUUGCGUAUUUCAAGUUUUUAAUGAGAGUCAAUUCUUUGAAUGCGACCGUGAUGCAGUUGAAUUAAUUCACAAAAAUUAUGACCUAAUCGUUGAUUACCUGACCACAGAUUCAUCGAAAAAACUGUGCCGAGGUGUCAAUCCGCUUUAUCAAAAACUUCAAUGCGAAGUGAUAAAAGAUAAAUGGCUUAGCAUGGAUUCGGAACUGAUUAAUUCUGGAAACAACACUCAGGAAGAGAUUGCUGGCUUUUUGGAGCUGGGAAAUAUUCUUAAAGAAUGCAUGUCACAUUCCUGUCUCUACACUGAAAAGGAAAAAAGUUAUGUGGAUUAUCGACAGAAAGAAACUAAAUUUCGUAACAGUCCGUUCGUGAAAUGUACCACAAAAAUUUAUGAGAUGAAAAUCGACACGUACGAGAAGUAUCCAUGUCUGAAAAAUCAGGAGCCUAAAGAAAAAACGGAAUGUAAAAAAUUGAUGCUGGAGGAAUUGUGCGGAAAAGAAGCAGCAGACAACUUGGAAGAAACUCAAGAAUUUUUUGAAUUUGCUUUGGGAAACAACACUGAAAUCAUUCAAUAA